CCGUACCUGCUCCAGGACUGCAGCCGGUCUUCCCACCGCCCCGCGCGGAGAGAGGGGAAAGCGGAGGGAUUCCUUGGAGAAGUGGUUCGUCCUGGAGCGGCUGCUGUUGCAAAGAGACGCGGUGUCCCCCCGGAGCUCCUGAGCUGGCAGGGGCCAGAGAGCGGCCGGCAUGGGCCCUGAGCUGCCUGCGCCUUGGCUCCUGCUCUUCACCUGGCUCCCAGCAGGGUGCCUGUCCUUGCUGGUGACGGUCCAGCACACAGAGCGCUAUGUUACCCUGUUUGCCUCCAUCGUCCUCAAGUGUGACUACACUACCUCUGCCCAGCUCCAGGAUGUCGUGGUCACGUGGCGCUUCAAGUCCUUUUGCAAGGACCCCAUCUUUGACUACUACUCUGCAUCAUACCAGGCAGCUUUAUCCCUGGGCCAGGACCCAUCCAAUGACUGCAAUGACAGCCAGCGUGAGGUGCGCAUCGUGGCUCAGCGGCGGGGGCAGAAUGAGCCCGUGCUGGGCGUGGAUUACCGGCAGCGCAAGAUCACCAUUCAGAACCGAGCAGAUCUGGUGAUUAAUGAAGUGAUGUGGUGGGACCAUGGAGUGUAUUAUUGUGCCAUUGAGGCUCCCGGGGACACAUCAGGAGACCCAGAUAAGGAGGUGAAGCUCAUUGUCCUGCACUGGCUGACAGUGAUCUUCAUCAUUCUGGGAGCCCUCCUUCUGCUCCUGCUAGUCGGGGUGUGCUGGUGCCAAUGCUGUCCUCAGUAUUGCUGCUGCUACAUCCGCUGCCCCUGCUGCCCUGCCCGCUGCUGCUGCCCCGAGGAAGCCCUGGCCCGCCACCGCUACCUGAAGCAGGCUCAGGCCCUAGGCCCUCAGAUGAUGGAAAAACCCCUAUACUGGGGGGCGGACAGGAGCUCCCAGGUUUCAUCUUAUCCAAUGAACCCGCUGCUGCAGCGAGAUUUGUCCCUGCGAUCCAGCCUCCCACCGAUGCCAAUGACCCAGACCACCGCUCACACUCCCAUUGCAAAUGGUGUCUUAGAGUAUUUGGAGAAAGAGCUGCGGAACCUCAACCCAGCCCAGCCUCUGCCCCAUGACCUCAAAGCCAUAUCUGGCCAAGCCUGCAGCAUGCUAUCCUCUCUGGGCUCUGAGGUUGUGGAGCGCAGAAUCAUCCACCUGCCCCCACUGAUCAGAGACCUGCCGUCCUCAAGGAGGACCAGCAACUCCUCCCACCAGCAAUGGCUUACCCCAAUUCCCCCUGGACCCUGGGAUCCAAGGGAGGGGAGAAGGCAGCCCCACUAUUCUGACUUCCACCAGGAGCUUCAGGACCAGGAGCCUAAGCGCUGGGCAUUGGAGGCACGGGAGCUGAACCGACUUCGGAGGGGAAGACACCACCGCUCUGGGGUGCACGGGUCCCCUUUGCCCUGGUCAGACAGGGACAGCCUCAGCGACGGCCCCUCAUCAAGGGAGGCCCAUUGGCGGCCUGACCACCCACCUCUCCGGAGCCGGUACCCAGACGGACCCCACAGGCCCAGACCCCGGGAGAAUGCACAGAGGCACCGGAGGCGCAGACACCGUAGCUACUCCCCUCCCUUGCCUUCUGGCCUCAGUUCCUGGAGCUCUGAGGAGGAUGAGCAGGAGAGGCACCCCCAGAGCUGGGGAACCCACCGCCACCACAGCUCACACUCCUCUAACUGGCCUGAGGAGAAGCCACCCAGCUACCGCUCACUGGAUGUUAUGCCAGGCAAGAAUGGCAGGAAAAAAGGGAGUGUGGAGAGGCGCUCGGUGAGCCUGGGGCAUCUUGCUGCGGGUGGGGCAUGGGCAGAGCAGGGCUUGGCCACAGCUGACACAGGCCACCCCGCCUGCCCCUGAUGAGGGUACCGGUACCUCGUCCUUGAGCUUGCCCUGUAGGCGUGGUGAGACCUCUUGUCCGAGCUAGAAGGGACCUGUGCCAUCCAGAGGGCAGAGGAGGGCUCCAUGCUUGAUGCUUAAAAAGGGCCUUCUCAUCCUCAGACCAGCCCUCCUCACAGUCUCGUGAGGCAGGGUUCCCCCAUUUCACAGAUGAAGAAACAAGGCCCAGAAUAAUUCAGCGCCCCUGAGUAGUGGAGCUAAGACUUAAAUGCAGGUUUCGUGGCUAAGACUUUACUUCCUGUCAUAGCUGCCUGUCUUUACUUAGCAACCCUAUUUCCAUACCCCAAAUUAGACCAUGCAGCCUGACAGAGGACGUUUGUGCCACUUCAGGGGAUAGCAAGUCAGUGUGCAAGGCCUUGUAUUCGAGGAUGAGGUCCUGUGAGACCCCCUGGAAAGAAUCCUUAAACUGAUUAAACAAACAAGCAAAUAAAACACAACUUAUAUCCCAAAUACGAGUCAAAACUUUAGGGUUCUGGAAUAGGUAAGGUGCCAGUGAGUACCAGUCAUAGCUUACUAACCUAAAAGGGGUGCAAAGAGGGAUCAUAGGCAUUUUAGGCCUUCAUUUUUUUUUAAAGAUGUGACCUAAAACAUUUAUUUUAUAAUUGAUUUACUAAAACGAUGUGUUCCCUUAUGUCACUUUGCAAAAUUAUGCUUCCAUGGCUCAAAAAUAUUCAUGAACUGCCUUCAGAGUCAACUUAAAUGAAAACCUAUUUCUCUAUCUAACCAAAAUCCUUUUCAACUUUGCUUCCUUUGAGAUAAAUGGAUAUAUAGUAGGUUCUGAGGGAAGUUCUCAGAGUAGAGAAUAUUACAGGAAGAAUUUUAGUUUCCCACACACUUCCAAGGAUGUCUGGAAAUGCAAGUUUUAAACCAAUCCCAGGCAUGGAGUGUGCAAAGAAACAGGCACCUUAUGGGAGCUAUAGUGCUAGCCUUUCUAGAUAAGAGCCAUGGUGAAAGAGUAAUUCAUGAGGAAAGUAGCAAAGUUCUGUAGGUAGUUCUAAAAUAAUGACAGUUCUCAUAGAUGUCCCAGGAAAGAGGCAAAGGCCAGUAACAAUGAAAUUUAGCAGUAUCCUUACUAAGUGGUACCUAACUAUGGCCAUUGAUGCCAUAUUCCAUUUAACCCUCACAGCAUCCUGUGAGGUUUAUACUCUUGUCUUCAUUUUUAUAGUGGAUACAAUUCUUUCUUCCAUGUUAUCAAUAAGAAAAUUACAUCCUGGAAGAACACCUGGAACCAGUUAAAGCCAGGAUAACCGCUGCUACUUUAGUCAGAGAGUGACUAGACUGUCUCUUAUCUUCAUUUUAACAGAAAAAAAAUGUAAUUUGAAAGGCAGUUUUUGGCCCUAAAUCCAAACCCUAUCUUUGAAGUUUUUCUUAACUUUCUUCUCUUUAAGUGAAAUUAUGUGGUUUCUUAUAAGUGAGAGUAGGGUGAAAGGAACACGUGCUAUGUUCCAGAUAUUGGGGUAAGCCUUUUCCAAAACUUAUUUAUUUAAUCUUUGCAACAAUGUGUGAGGCUCAGUGAUAUUGGAUAUCAUGCUCGAUGUCACACAGCGAAUAGGCAGUGAAGCCAGAAUGUGAACAUGGGUGGCCUGCUGACUCUCAAGCCUGUACCUUUUCAGUAACUUUAUGCAGCCUCAUUUGAAAGAAACAAGAAUCAUUUCGGGCAGUGGUGUUUUCCUGUUAUAUUUCUUCCUGGUAACUUUAUUUCUUCUUCAUUUUCUAAAAGUCUCACAGCGUCCUUUAUCAUUAAGAUGUACACACCACUAAUUCUACCACAAGCAAACCAAAUUUUCUAUUGUAAAGUUGCUCACAAGAUGCAAAGAUUUUGCUCAGGAUCAUUUUGAAGGCUUUCAUUGUUAUGGAUUUCUCUGAGCUUGUCUCCCAAAGAGUUAUCACUUUAUCACAUUGAACUGUUUACUCAUAUUCUGAAUGAGUACAGGCCCAGGGCUAUGGCUGGCUUUAGAAGAUUGGUUUGAAGAGCACAGUGUUUUGUUUAUAGUCUGAAUUUUGAAUGCCUUCAGUGAAGCAAAAGCCUCCAGGGCCAAAGUCUUACUCUUUGCUGCUCUCCUUGGUGGGGCUGGAUGCUUCCCAUACACUUUUCUCCUCCCCCUCCCCCCAUACACUUUUCUAACCUCUGAAGCCUUCAGGAGCUUGCUGCUAACUUCAGAACUUAUAAUACAAUUGGGCCACUAGAUGGCAAUCUUUGAUUAUGUAUAAUGAAGCUUGCGGUUGCUCCUUGAGUUAAUAAAUGUAUCACUAUUUUUUUAAAUCAGUUUUUCAGCAGUUACAGAUUCACCAUAACUUUUAACAAAAUGCUUAUUAAAAAUACUUUAUUAAAUAUCCAGGGAAGUAUGCAUUAAUCAAAAAACCUCUUGGCUUACAUGGAACCUUCUCUCUGAAAGAUAAUGUUUAGCAAGUAGAUACUGAGGAACAAGGGCUUCCAUCCAAAAAGGUAAGAGAACUAUUCUCUGCACAGUGCCCAUGAGAAAAUGGGAGCCAUGUCAAGGAAUCUCCCAUUUGACUACAGAAUCAGGAUUCCAGCAGAGAUCUGACCUCAGGUCUGGUGUUUUUUUCACUUCAUCAAAAGCUACAUCCUCAGAAAUACAGGAAACUGUAAUGUCAAGUUUUAAACUCCUGUGGUUUCAGACUGGGUUGCUCCUGUGUUCCUGGCCUCCUUCAAAUGGAUUAUCUUUCUUUCUAAUCUUGCCCUACAAAAAAGGGCUUCCCAAGGCAUUUCUGGGUUGAGAGUAAAGUUGCCCUAUACUCUCCUCUUCUAAUAAAAAAGAAAACUCCUGCAUUCCUUCUUCUCCAAGUUAAAAUCAAACUUUCAAUAGAGAAUCCAAGAUUUUUCUUUUUCGUUUUUCUUGACUUGAUUUAAUAAAAAAAUUUUUUUACUCAGUAUACUUAAUCCUCUACUUUUAAUACAAUGCCUAUUCCUUGAUCAUGUCUAGGUUUCUCUUCAGCAAGCCCUGCACAAGUUUCUUUUGUCCCAUUUCAUUGCUUUUCUUUG